GGGGCUCAGCAGACUGAUCGUGAAGAAGAGGAUUGUUGCUGUUGUUGUUGUUGUUGUUGUGUAGCUGGUUCGCUGGGAGGUGUCGAGCCGUGUGAUCGUUUGAGGUUAAAACUGAGAGGACAGCGAGCGGGAAGAUUGUUGAGCCCCAAAUUUAACCGUGAGCCGCGUUUACAGCCCGCUGCACCCGACGAGAGGAGCCCGGAAACGGCAAACAUGAAAUGGAUGUUCAAAGAAGACCACUCUUUGGAACAUCGAUGCAUAGAGUCAGCCAAAAUCCGCAACAAGUACCCUGACCGCGUCCCGGUGAUCGUGGAGAAAGUGUCGGGAUCGCAGAUAGUGGACAUCGACAAGAGGAAGUACCUGGUCCCCUCUGACAUCACAGUGGCCCAGUUCAUGUGGAUCAUCAGGAAACGCAUCCAGCUGCCCUCGGAGAAGGCCAUCUUCCUGUUUGUGGAUAAGACGGUGCCUCAGUCCAGCAUCACGAUGGGGCAGCUGUACGAGAAGGAGAAGGAUGAGGACGGCUUUUUAUACGUGGCCUAUAGCGGGGAGAACACCUUUGGCUUUUAGAGGAAAAUAAAAGCUGCCUCUCCUGACACCCACCCACAUCCAAUCACAGCCCUCACUUGGCCCCUGGGAGACAGCGAGGGAAAUUCAGAGACUGGAACAGACACGGAUACGCAUUGGGAGACUCCGGCGUGCUUGUCCCGGCUCAUGUCUCACCUCCUCUUUACAGAUCCAGUGUGUCACAUUUCAGUUACUCUUUGUUUGAUGUUGUGAUUUGAGUGUUUUAGUAGGAACCUUGAUUUAUUAUUAUUAUUAUUGAUUGUUUCCAGCUUUUAAAAGUGACGAGUGAAUGACUUUUGCUUUCAGUUGUGCUUUCUUCUUUGAAGAUGAUAUUUAAAAAAAUGAAUUAUUUGACGGUAAGGUAGCUGGAUGACCUAACCAAUAAAAAGCCAAAAAUAAAGCCUGGGCACCUUCCUUA